ACUUGGAACUAUUUAUUAUUGUAUUAACUCUUUCAGUCCUUAUUGAUAACAAAUAGCUGAUGCGAGCCGGGUACGUAUCUUCUUUAAAGACAUAUGAAGUCGCUGAUCUAAAGAAGAUAAGCAGAGAUGAUAGAUCACUUAGAUCCCACUGCCGGCAAAACGUACGUUUCUUUGCUGGCUGGGAAUUCUUCAACUCCCGCGGCCGAAAUUGAAGAAUCUCGUUCAAAGUUAAAGAGCCGUAAAAAAAAUAGCAUGCUCGCAUAUUUGUGUAAGCCAUUUAUGCCGCAUGUAGGUAAUCUUCGAAGUGCAUAGUGCGCAUUAUGCUAACGUAUAUGUAUACAUACAUAAGUAUGUACAUAAUGCACAUGUGUAUCAGGGGAUUUCGAGAAGUAUUUUAGUUGAUCUGGGCGUUUUGCAGCGGCCAAACUCGGUGACUUCUGACGGCAUAAUGGUUUGACUUUUAUGUCUGCAGACGGGCGUGAAAUCAUCAGUUACGGAAAGAAUAAAAGUUAUGGGAGAUAAUAAAUUUACUAGUUUGAAUUAAAAGUUAUACAAAAAACAAGAACAAUAAAAGAAAUAUGUUUAGUCCAAUCUAAAAGUGUGCAAUUAGCAAACAAGUAUCUGAGUAAAAAAAAAAUAAUACUACUCGUAAUCAGAAACUAUUUUGAAACAGUAGAUACGUAGUAAAUAAACAACAUCGUAAUAAAGAUGCUUUGUUCGACGCCAUUACUCAGACACAUUUUUUUGUGUGCCAACACACUUUGCUUGAUCGUUGGACUGAUUAUGGCAUUAAUUUGUGCGCUUUUCAUGAACUCGGUACAAAAUACGCAUUUAAUAUAUUGCUUACUUGGAUUAAUGGUGGGCCUUGUAACGGCGCUGUCUGCAUUGGUGGGCUAUAAAGCUAUUAAGCCGCCAAAGGCAGCGAUGCUGUCGAUGUAUUGUGCUUUGUUUACAAUAUUAUGCGUCACACAAGCUUAUAUUGUUACACAUCUCGCAGCGAGCAAUAUAAUCACAGCCACAGUUCAAAAUGUGGAGUUGCUUUGGGAAAGAGAAAUGGUGAGCGAAGGUCCCAUGGCGAGCAUUGAAAGUCGGUUUCACUGCUGUGGCCUACAUAACUACAGCGACUACACCUCUACGAAUUUGCCUUUGCCGGCUAGUUGCUUUUAUACGGAAAACGACGCCUGGAUUUAUUAUACUGAUGGCUGUUUGGAGAAAGUAAAAUUUGCUGCUGGUAGAGCAAGUGAUGCAUUGUCCAUUGCUGGCUUUCUGCUUACUGCGACACAGGUGAUGGCCUUAAUAUUUUCAUCCGCUCUCACUUUAGCGUAUUAUCGAACUGGAGAGUACCAAGAGUUGUAGUAAAAAGCGAAAUUUUAGGUAGACAUUUAUUAUCUUCACAUCCCCUAAAAACUUGCAGAUUUAAGCACUUCUAAAUCUUGAUAUUUUUCUAUCAAAAAUAAUUUAUUAAAAAUUAGCGUAUAAAAAUUAA